UAAAAGAAAAUUCAACCCCCAAAGAAGCAGUGAACACUCUUUAUAUUUACCCUUCUCCCCCACAGCACAGAGUCCCCUGCAUCAAGUCCCUCCUCCUCCCUCCUUUGGAAAAAAAAGAAGAAAAAAUGGAUCUUGAUGAGUGGGAGUUGCUUCCUGUCGAUGGCUAUCUUGAUUUCAAUGAGGGUGACAAGAUCUUCUCCAGAAGGCACAGCCCUGCUCCCGGUCAGAAGAGCGUCUUCAACAUGGAUUACUUCCGGUGCCCGUCCCCCACGAGUUCGAAGAUGCCGACGAGCCGGGUCGUCCCGGUGGUGCCGAUCCAAUUCGAUCCGCCUGCGGCUCCGGAUGAGAGGCUGAUGAGGGAGAUCAUCAAGGCGCCUGUGGAGAUCAAACUCCCGUCCCCGAUCACUGAGAAGAAGAUGAUCGAGCCUCCUGAUGGUGGUGACAAGGCCGUGGGAUUGGAGGAAGCUGACCAAGACAUGGUCUCCCAAGUCUUCUUCAAGAAGAUGACGGAACCCGAAUUCGCCGACAUGAAAAUGGACUCGCCGAGGUCCGGCACUCGAGGAAUCUUCGUGCCCCAGAUUGAUGCAGGAGCGUUUCAAGGUGAGGCAGUUCUUGACAGUUCUUGCUCUCCAAGAAAGAGGCAUGAGGCCGCCACCAGAGAUGUCGUGGGCGUGACCAAGAAGCAACAGGACAACGAUUGUGAUGCAGAGAAGGCCACUUGGGAUGAGAAUAGAGGUGGCCUGAACAUAUGGAAAUGGGGUUUCACAGGGAUUGGAGCGCUCUGCUCUUUCGGCGUCGCUGCUGCUACUAUCUGCAUCAUCAUUCUUGGGAGCCAGAGAGCUAAACAGAGCCAGCAGAAUCAGAAGCUUCGGUUUCAGAUCUACACUGAUGACAAGAGAAUUAAGCAAGCGGUUCAUCAGGCGACCAAGCUGAACGAAGCAAUUUCAGCAGCGAGAGGGGUUCCCCUGUCCAGGGCUCACAUAACGUAUGGAGGUUACUACGAUGGUAUUGGCAUUUGAAGAGAAAUUUGGCCACUUUGGUUUUAGGUCUGCACAGAAGAAGAUUCCUGAACGAGCUUCAUGAGGGUCCACGAAUCUCCAGUAUGUCCUUUGCCCCUGCAGAUUCUCCUUUAUACCAGAUUGACCAUCUGUCUGUCAGUGUAUAUGCACUUAAAGAUCCGUACUUCUAUCUGUGUUUCGGAUGAUGGGUUCCUUAGUAAUUAUUAUAUAUAUUUGUGUAUAAUUGAUCAUGAUCACUUAUCAAGGCUAGUUACUAUUAAGCUAUUAUGGCGGUUUAUGUCGUUAA